UCGAUGGUUUGGAUCACUUCUGAAGUUGGCGCUACGGCGCGACCUGCAGAGGGGCGUGAUGGGAGAGGGAGCCGUGGCCGCGGGGCCUUGUCCUCUGCGCGAGGACAGCUUCACACGCUUCUCGUCGCAGAGCAAUGUGUACGGGCUAGCAGGCGGCGCCGACGGGCGCGGGGAGCUGCUGGCUGCCACUCUUAAAGGCAAAGUGCUCGGCUUCCGCUACCAAGACCUCCGGCAGAAAAUCCGGCUGGUGGCCAAGGAGCUGCAGUUCAACUACAUCCCCGUGGAUGCAGAAAUUGUCUCCAUAGACACCUUCAACAAGUCACCCCCAAAGCGAGGCCUGGUAGUGGGGAUCACAUUCAUCAAGGAUUCAGGGGACAAGGGCAGCCCCUUCCUUAACAUUUACUGUGACUACGAGCCCGGCUCUGAGUAUAACUUGGACUCCAUUGCCCAGAGCUGUCUGAACCUGGAGCUCCAGUUCACGCCCUUCCAGCUGUACCACGCAGAGGUCCAGGCUGGGGAUCAGCUGGAGACUGUGUUUCUCCUGAGCGGGAAUGACCUGGCCAUUCACCUCUACAAAGAGAAUGAGGGGCUGCAUCAGUUUGAGGAACAGCCCGUGGAAAACCUCUUUCCAGAGCUUACAAACCUGAGCAGCAGUGUCCUCUGGCUGGAUGUCCGCAACCUCCCUGGCACGUCACGCCGUCUCUCAGCCCUUGGCUGUCAGAAUGGUUACGUCCGCGUCGCCCAUGUGGACCAGCAGAGCCGAGAGGUUUUGCAGACAUGGACAGUCCUGCAGGACGGCCCCAUCUCCCGCGUGAUCCUGUUCAGCCUUGCAGCCCCCAAGCAAGCCAAGGACAGACCUGAGCAGGAGGAAUACAGUGUGCUUGUGGCCAGCAUGGUGGAGCCAGCCGUGGUGUACCGGGACCUGCUGAACCAAGGCCUUGAAGACCAGCUUCUCCUGCCCGGAAGUGACCAAUUUGACAGCAUCCUCUGCGGCCUGGUCACCGAUGUGGACUUGGAUGGACAGCCAGAAGUCCUGGUGGCCACCUACGGCCAGGAGCUGCUCUGCUAUAAGUACUUCAGCCCAGAGUCGAGGCACCCAGAGGUCGAGCGUGGCUUCCGCCUGCUGUGGCAGCGGAGCUUCUCAAGUCCCCUCCUGGCCAUGGCGCACGUGGACCUGACGGGGGAUGGGCUGCAGGAGCUGGCUGUGGUCUCCCUGAAGGGGGUGCACAUCCUGCAGCACAGCCUGAGCCAGGCCGCUGAGCUGGUCCUCACCCGGCUUCAGCAUCAAGUGGAGCAGAAGAGACAGCAGUCACAGCGACCCAGGGACAAGAUGGGUCUGGGGCCUGCUGAGACCACAGCCUCCUGAGCACUUGCCCACCCAGGCUUUGCAGGCCUGGGGUAGUCCAUGGGGGCUCACCUGCAACUGUUGAUCAGUGUCCCCAAGAAAGAAGUGCUCCCCUCAGGGCCCUCCCAUGCAACCUGCCAACCCUCUCCUCUCUCCAGGCCCCUGUUUCCAGAUGGGGUGAUCCCACCCAACCUUCUUCAAUUACUUGUGUCC